UUUUUCUUUAAUUCUUUCUUUUCUGUAUUGAAAAGUGACGUGAGAGUUUUACUUAGGCAGUUUUGUUUUGUAAGUUAAAACAUCUCACCUGAUUUUUCCUUAUUAGAUGAGUAAAUAGAUUUUUCUAUUCUUUAAAUAAAAAAAGAUCUUGGUAACUAUGUGAUAUUUCUUCCUGUAAAGGGAAAGUAAUAUGUAUUUACCUUUUUCCCCCACAUUUAGCAGUUUUAAAAAUUCUCUUGUAUCUGAGAGUAGUUUCCUUUUGCCUUGUAAAUAUGUGUAGUUUACUCUAUGCCAGGCCCUGGGGAUCCAGGAGUGAUCAAAACCAAUUUAGUCCCUUUGCUCAUAGAGCUUCUAGGUUAAUAGGGGAAAUAGACAUUACAUAAGUAAUUGAUCAAAUAGUAUAUAUAAUUACGAAUUACAACCAGUACUCUAGGAGACAAGCUGAAAAUGGGGAAUCUGACAUAGUUUUAGCUGGGGGUAGGGGGUGGCUAGGGAAGGCCUCCCUGAGGAAAGGACUUACAAGCAGAAUUAUGAAGAAUGAAUUAACUAGGCAAAGAGCAUGGAGGAGAGUGUUCCAGACAAGGGAACUGCAUAAGGAAAGCCCUGAAUUGGAAAGACGCAUGGUUUUUUUUGAAGAACUGCAAGUCCAGUGGGCCUGGAUCAAAAAAGGAAUACGAAUGUACCCAACAGUCAAAAACUCAAGAAAGUGAACUGAAAAUUAGUGCAGUAUUUUCAGUCAGUGAUGGUCCUCUUGCGCAACAGAUGACCCCAAACUUUCAGUUUUCUCUUGCAUCACCUGGCCAGAAUAUAUUGCUUCCUUCCGGUCCAGCCAUGGCUAUUCAGGUUUUUUGUUCCGGAUGUAAAAAAAUGCUUUAUAAGGGGCAGACUGCAUAUCAUAGAACAGGAUCUACACAGCUUUUUUGCUCUACACGGUGCAUCACUGGAUAUGCUUCACUUGUCUGCUUACCACCUCCUCCCAAGAAAACCUGCACAAACUGCCUGAAUUGCUGGCUAGUAAGAGGACAAGUGUCUUGUGGUUUGGAGUUGUGGGAUGGCCACAGGCCCAUUGGCUUUAGCAGAGACAUUUUAAAUCCAAAGGAUGUGAUCACAACCAGAUUUGAAAAUUCCUCUCCUAGCAAAGAUUUCUGCAGCCAGUCAUGCCUCUCUUCUUAUGAGCUAAAGAAAAAACCUGUUGUUACCAUAUAUACCAAUAGCAUUUCAACUAAGUGCAGCAUGUGUCAGAAAAAUGCUGAUAUUCGAUUUGAGGUUAAAUAUCAAAAUGUGGUACAUGGUCUUUGUAGUGAUGCCUGUUUUUCAAAAUUUCACUCUACCAACAACCUCACCAUGAAUUGCUGUGAGAACUGUGGGAGCUAUUGCUAUAGUAGCUCUGGUCCUUGCCAGUCCCAGAAGGUUUUUAGUUCAACAAGUGUCACGGCAUACAAGCAGAAUUCAGCCCAGACUCCUCCAUAUGCCCUGGGGAAAUCAUUGAGGCCCUCAGCUGAAAUGAUUGAGACUACGAAUGACUCAGGAAAAACAGAGCUUUUUUGUUCUAUUAAUUGCUUAUCUGCUUACAGAGUUAAGACAGUUAUUUCUUCAGGUGUCCAGGUUGCGUGUCAUAGUUGUAAAACCUCAGCAAUCCCUCAGUAUCACCUAGCCAUGUCAAAUGGAACUAUAUACAGCUUCUGCAGCUCCAGUUGUGUGGUAGCUUUCCAGAAUGUAUUUAACAAGCCAAAAGGACCAAACUCUUCAGCAGUGCCCCUCUCUCAGGGUCGAGUGGUUGUAAGCCCGCGCAACGGGUCAGCAGUGCCAGCGGGAGGAGGUAACGCCUCAGCUGUUCCCUCCAGCUCCAUCAGUGGCUCUGCUGCAGCCAGUCUCCAGCCUCUUGCUGAACAAUGUCAGCAAGUUGCUUUAACCCAAACAGUUUCUAAGCUCAAGUGUCAGCACUGUAAUCAUCUGUUUGCCACAAAACCAGACCUUCUUUUCUACAAGGGUAAAAUGUUUCUGUUUUGUGGCAAGACUUGUUCUGAUGAAUAUAAAAAGAAAAAUAAAGUUGUGGCAAUGUGUGACUACUGUAAACUUCAGAAAAUUAUAAAGGAGACUGUGCGAUUCUCAGGGGUUGACAAGCCCUUCUGUAGUGAAGUUUGCAAAUCCCUCUCUGCACGUGACUUUGGAGAACGAUGGAGAAACUACUGUAAGAUAUGCAGUUAUUGUUCACAGACAUCCCCUAAUUUGGUAGAAAAUCGAUUGGAGGGCAAGUUAGAAGAGUUUUGUUGUGAAGAGUGCAUGUCCAAAUUUACAGUUCUCUUUUAUCAGAUGGCAAAGUGUGAUGGCUGUAAACGACAGGGUAAGCUAAGUGAGUCCAUAAAAUGGCGAGGAAACAUCAAAUAUUUCUGUAACCUGUUUUGUGUCAUCGAGUUUUGUCAUCAGCAAAUUACAAAUGACCCUCUUGCACAGAAUAAAGUAAAUAUUUCUAAGGCACAAACUACUUUGAUGGAGCCCCUUUCUUCAAGGAUGAAUUCAACACCAGUUAUAACCAAUGUGGUGUCGUUGGCAAAAGUAUCUGUUGCCCAGCCCACAGGGAACACUAACAGUGUUUCAAAAGGUGCAGUUAUUAAAGAGGCAGCAAAGAUCACUGAAAAUGGAAUUACACAGACAGAUGCCAUGAAACUUCUAUCUUCCCAAUCUUCCCAACCUUCCAGGCUCUUAAAGAACAAAGCAAUAUUGUGCAAGCCUGUCACACAGACCAAGGCCAUCUCUUGCAAACCACAUACACAACACAAGGAAUGUCAGACAGAUUUACCUCUGCCUAAUGAGAAAAAUGAUACAGACCUUGAUUCGCCACCUGCAAAGAAAAAAAAAGUAGGUUUUUUCCAGACUUAUGAUGCAGAAUAUUUAAAAGUUGGCUUUAUUAUCUGCCCUGGAUCAAAAGAAAGUUCACCGAGGCCACAGUGUGUCAUAUGUGGAGAAAUCUUAUCCAGUGAAAACAUGAAGCCAGCAAAUCUCUCUCAUCAUUUGAAGACAAAACAUUCAGAAUUAGAAAACAAACCAGUAGAUUUUUUUGAACAAAAAUCUCUUGAAAUGGAAUGUCAAAACAGUUCUUUAAAAAAGUGUUUACUAGUUGAAAAGUCACUUGUGAAAGCUUCUUAUUUAAUUGCUUUCCAAAUUGCUGCCAGCAAGAAGCCAUUUUCCAUUGCUGAGGAAUUAAUUAAACCAUAUUUGGUAGAAAUGUGUUCAGAAGUUUUGGGUUCAAGUGCUGGAGACAAAAUGAAAACCAUCCCUCUUUCUAAUAAUAUGAUUGGACACAGGAUUGAUGAGCUAUCUGCAGACAUUGAAGAUCAGCUGAUUCAAAAAGUCAGAGAGUCAAAGUGGUUUGCCCUUCAGAUAGAUGAGACAUCAGAAAUCUCAAAUAUAACUCUCCUUUUGUGCUAUAUUCGUUUCAUUGAUUAUGAUUGUAGUGAUAUAAAAGAAGAACUACUAUGUUGCAUUGAAACGCCUUCUCAAAUAACUGGUGUUGAAAUAUUUGAACUAAUAAAUAAAUAUAUUGAUAGUAAAUCUCUGAAUUGGAAACAUUGUGUUGGUCUCUGUACAGAUGGGGCUGCAAGCAUGACUGGCAGGUGUUCUGGUUUAAGGGCAAAAAUUCAAGAAGUUGCCACGAAUACAGUGGCAUUUACACAUUGUUUUAUUCACCGUGAACAUUUAGCAGCAGAAAAGUUGUCUCCAUAUUUACAUGAAAUUCUUUUGCAGUCGGCACAAAUUUUAAGUUUUAUCAAGAGCAAUGCAUUCAAUUCACGUAUGUUAACAAUUUUGUGUGAAGAGAUGGGGUGCGAGCAUGUGAAUUUACCACUUCAUGCUGAAGUACGUUGGAUAUCAAGAGGGAGGAUUUUAACAAGAUUAUUUGAAUUACGACAUGAAAUUGAAAUGUUUUUAACUCAAAAACAUUCAGAUUUGGCCAAGUGUUUUCGUGAUGAGGAAUGGGUUGCAAAGCUGGCCUAUUUGUCAGAUAUAUUUUCACUUAUAAAUGAAUUAAAUUCAAGUCUCCAAGGCACUAUGACUACUGUCUUCAGUUUGUAUAAGAAAAUCGAUACAUUUAAGAAAAAGUUGAAAAUGUGGUUGAAGCGCACACAGGAGAAUGAUUAUGACAUGUUCCCUUCAUUUUCUGAAUUCUCAAACUCAUCAGACUUAAAUAUGAGAAGCAUGACAAGCAUUAUUUUUGAGCACCUGGAAGGACUUUUUAAAAUGUUCAAUGACUGUUACCCACCAGAAGAAGACUUGCGUUCAGGAAAUUUAUGGAUAACCAAUCCUUUUAUGAAUCACCAAAAUCGUAAUCUCACCGACUUUGAAGAAGAAAAGCUAACACAGUUAUCUUCAGAUCUAGAAUUGCAAUCAAUAUUUAAAUCGAUGCCUGUAACUCAGUUUUGGAUAAAUGCUAAGACAAGUUACCCAGAACUCCAUGAAAAGGCAAUGAAAUCUUUAUUACCUUUUUCAACUAUUUAUUUAUGUGACGCUACAUUUUCAGCCUUGACUGAGUCAAAACAAAGAAAUCUGUUGGUUUCUGGCCCAGCCCUAAGACUUGCAGUCACAUCUUUAAUACCAAGGAUAGAAAAGUUAGUAAAGGAGAAAGAAUAGCACCAUGUAUAUCAUCAAAGUCUAUAAUUUUGUGUUAAAUUUUGUAUAUAUAUAUCUUAAAAUAUAAUUUCCUAUUGUGGAUUUGUGUUUUCAGUGAUUAAAUGUUUUAAUAAUUUUUUCUUU